AGACGCCACAUCCUCGGCCGAGGCGGGUCAGCCGAGAUGGCGGCCGCCGGGCGAAGGAGGCGGAGGCGCAGGAGGCGAGGAGAAGAAGAAGGAGGAGGAGGCGCAGGGCCGGCCAUGCCGCUCUCGGGAAGGGCCGCUCUCCUCCUCCUGGUGCUGCUGCUGGACGGGGCCCUGGCAGUCGCGGGCCAGAGCGAGAACGGCACUACAUCCGAGGCAGAGCUUUCUGAGAGUGUAAAUGUCUCGACAUCCAGUUCCACAACUCACAACUUAACGCCUGUUUCAAAAGCCGGUGGGGACAGAACAAGGACGACAACAAAUGAAGGCAUGCCACCAACAUCCCCGAAGAGCAGUGCUUCUGUGUCACCUGGGCCAACUGCGACAGAAGGGAAGCAGGCAACCUCUGUGGCGCCGGCUUCUGCCACUCCUGCUUUGCAAACAGAUGCUGAUACUUCGGAAGAUACCAAUAUUAACGAAGAUGACACGGUGGACGACGCGGUAGACAAAGAGCACGUGCCCAGCUUCCUCCCAACGGCCAAAGGAACCGCAGACCCUGCAGACUAUUACGGCCCCUACGGGAUGCCGUCUGACGAUCAAGACGACCAAGGCAUCUCAGAGUUUACGGAAGAGUUGGCCAGCAUGCACAGUUAUGAAAACAAGAAAUUGCUUCCUGACGAGAUGAAGGACACCUCUUCCACGGAACUGGAAGAGGAUAGCCAUUUCUUUUUCCAUCUGGUUAUCGUUGCCUUUUUGGUAGCUGUUGUUUACAUCACGUAUCACAAUAAAAGAAAGAUUAUUCUCUUGGUCCAGAGCAGAAGAUGGCGAGAUGGGCUUUGCUCCAGAACCGUCGGAUACCAUCGUUUGGAUCAAAAUGUCAACGAAGCUAUGCCUUCAUUAAAAAUCACCAAUGAUUACAUUUUUUAAAA